UUGUAGAUUUCAAUUCAUCUGAAAUACUACUAUAUGGAAAAGAUGAAGGAAUUGCUGUAACAUCUCCAAUGGCUGUCGCAUCGUUUGGAUUCUGAUGUUAAAGCAACUGGAAGAUGGAAAUUGUCGGGAAUGGUUGCUGCGCUAUAAAAUCAUUUAUUUCAGCAGUGAUCGAAUGGCGUUCUGCUGCCACAGCACCAUAUUUAAUGUUCAUCAACAGCGCGUUUUGGUGGAGUGUCUUUUAUCUAGAUAAAGAAACACAACUACGAUUACUGGUCUCAUACGCUGCAGGUAUCUUCGGCUGGGAUAUCUUAUUAUCUUCAACUUAUGAUCGAAGUAUUUUGUUCCACAUCUUAACUUGGCCCUCGCGAAGUGUAAUAAGAACGACAAGCGUUAUAAUGGCCUUGUACAGUGCACAAUUCCUUUAUUGGACCGAAUUUGAAAAAGCAUGUUGGACUGCUUAUAGUGCAGUUGCAUUAUUAAUGAUAAACCCGGUGUGGCUGUACUACCAAGUACCACAAAAGAUCAACGAGUGCUUACAUAAGGUAUUUGUAACAACGAAAUAUGUUACUCAGAUAACUGUCAUUUCUCCUCUGUGUUUCUUUUACAGAAUCCUUGAAUAUAUCGUCAUGUUAAGGUGGUUAAUAGCAAUAUUAGAAAAAGCCAAGAAAGAAUUGCUGAGGAUAAAAACUGCAGUAAGAAAUACCUAUGUUUCGACGGUUGCUAAGUUAUGCGCUGGAAAAAAUGCGGUGCUCAACGUUACAAAAUCAACCUUAUUCAAUAUUAAGGACCUCAUAUCGUGCACAGUAUACGAAUUCAGAAUAGCACUCAGAAGCGGAAUACUAUAUUCAAUAAUGACUAUAUGGAACGGAGUGGUGUAUACAAUAACGAGUACAAAGAGCGGAAUAGUUUUCGUAAUAACGUUCCUGGAGGAUGGAAUACUCUCUGGAUAUUUGGCACUCAAAAAUGGAUUCAUUGGCGGGAUUCUGCGACUAAAGAAUUGUUUAAUUACGGGGCUCUAUAGAUCAAACGAUGUCUUUUAUUACUCCAUCGUUAUUACGAAGAAUUAUAUUCAUUAUGCACUUGCCGCUAUUCAAAAUUCAAUUUCGAACUUCUUUUCUGUCGUUGUGAGAUGGAUAAAAACGGAAAUUGUGAAGCCAGUUCGGCGUGUCUUUCGUGCAGUUAUCCAGUUUCUGCAAUAUUGGCUCUGUGCCCAUUGGUGGCCCAACCUUAGGUCUUGGUUUAUUUUGCAUGUGGUACUCCGGCUACAACUGCUCUUCAAUUAUUUCUGCUUCGGUAUUAUAUAUGCUUUCUGUGGCUAUUGGAUCAAUCCAUUCAUCGCUUUUCUUUCAAGAUAUUUCAGACGUUUUUAUACUUAUUUCCAACAGUCCGUCUUGACUCCAGUUGAAAUAUGGAUUAGACGACAAAUUGAUAAAGCCUUAAUAUAUCUGAAGCAGCUGUUGCAAAACUUGGCGAUAAGAGCCUGCGCGCACCUUUAUCGAAUUUUACUGCAACCAAUAAUUGAUAUCCUAUAUAAAAAAUACAAAGUUUGUGAAGACUACUUGUUGAUUUAUUAUUUGGGUCCAGUUUGCCAGGUUUUCGUUGAUCAUAUUCCUAAAAAGUCACCAUUUUGUGAUGAUACAGAUACUGAAUUGGCGGAUUUGCUACCACCUGGUUUCAGUAGUGAAGAAUCUGACAUUGAGGAAACCUCCGACAAACCUUCGUUACCAAGUCGAUCACUUAGUCCUUUUACAGAAACCACUGAAAAAAAACCAAAGGCUCAUCCGAAAGAUCCGGCGCCAUCGGUUUGCAGUGAUGAGUUAAUUUCAACAGCAUACAAGGUACAGAAGGAUAAACAGAAGCAUUCGUCGUCAACCAGUAGUCCUUCCGAGAGUGUAGUUUCGUCGUCUGCUCAAAAUGCAUCGGAUGAUGCAGACCCUCAAAACUUAGAUGCACUUGAUUUCGAAUCGGAGGACCGUCGUCCGCAAGUAGAACUCCUGAGUGGUGAUGUGAAAAUCCAGAAAACGGAAGAUUCCGGAGACGGGAGGUCGAAGGAUAGGAAGCAGGACGUGGAUCAGAAGAAAAUGGAAAGAGUUGAAAUUUGUGGUGCAGGACAAGUGAGUGUAAGACAAGUGAGUGUAAUAGCAGCUUUAGCCGGUGGUUUGGAUGAUAACUUCGAGGUGCUCGAUAAGUAA